AUGAAUAAACCUCGCCGUGUGCUGGAGGCCGAAUCAGACCAGGAAAACCGACCGGCAAAGAAAAAGAAAGCAACCAAAAAAAAAUCCACGCUGGAGGCCGAUUCGGACCAGGAAAACCCUUCGGCAAAGAAAAAGAAGGCAACCGCAAAAAAAUCUGGCACCACAAAGAGCGAUGAAGUCAGAGCUCCUACAACCCAGAAGAAACCCAUGAAAAAGAAACCCAACAAGAAGGCCACGAAUACUACUCCCUCGUCAGAUAAAACUGAGAACACCAAUCCCCAAGUCGAUACAACUGAUUCGGCGAAAACUCGCACUCGCUACCAAGAACACGAGGACAUUCAGAUCUGCAAGUCCUGGCUCGAGAUUUCCCAAGAUCCUCUCAACUCAACCAACCAGACGGCCGAUACUUUCUGGAACCGUGUCGCUGAGAACUUUGCAAAGUUUUUGCCUGAUGAGAGCCGGAGUGGAGUCAGCAUCAAGAGCCGAUGGCAAGUUCUCCAGCGAAGGAUUAACAAGUUCUCUGGAUGCGUGAAGCAAGUGGAACUCUCAAAUCAGAGUGGAACAACGGUUGAGGAUCGCUUGUCUAGUGCACUCAAGCUCUACAAGGCUCUCUCGGAGGAGACCUUUUCUCACCUACGCUGUUAUAAUCUUCUCAACCUUGCUCCAAAAUGGAGGGAUCACUGUGCCGAGGUCAACAAGAAACAAAAUACAGCUCAAUCAUCGUCUUCGGUGACGCCAAGUCAAUCUUCGGGAAUUGAAGUUAUAUCAGUUGAUAGUGGUGUCGAUAGCAUCCCGGCCUCUUCUCUCUCUUCCGAGUCCCAUAAUAACGACAUAGGAAACCACAGCGAGGCUUCCACUAUUAGAACUCACAGUACCUCACGCCCAAUCGGUAAUCGGAAGGCCAAAGAGAUAGCGGCGAAGGCAAGAGAAGAUAAACACUUUAAAGAUAAUAUUCUCACAGUUCAUAAAGAACUUGCAGAAAACAGUCGAUUACAAGUCAAAAUCCUCUCGGAGCAGAAAGAAGCUAUUACAACCAUCGCGGACGAAUCAAUCAUGAAGGUCGAACUCUCAACUGUCUUCAAUCAUCGCAGAUCCUAUUACGAGUGGCAGCAAAAGAAGGUGUUGGAUCGAAUGGAAAAAGAAAAAGAAGAGUACGAGAAAAAACAAAAAGAAGAAGAAGAGAAAAAAAAGAAGGAAGAAGAGAAGAAAAAAGAGGAAGAACGAGCGAAAGAAGAAGCACGAAAAGAAGCCGAAAGGAAGAAGAAAGAAGAAGAAAGGAAAAAGGCGGCAAUGGGAAAGAAAUCGACAGCCGAGGAUGAUGACGAUGGGGGAGACAGCGAGGAUGAUGAAGGUAGCAAUGAUGAGGACAACAGUGCUGAUGAGGAAGAAGACAAUAGCGGUGAUGAGGAAGAGGGAAGCGAGGGCGAAAUGUGACUUUUAUUUUUUCUUUCAUGUUGUUCUGAUUGUAUGGAACAAGACAUAUU